GCCCCCCACCACAGCCCUCGAUCAAAAGGCCUGAGCUCUUCCAAAAGAGACUCACGUGCAUGGCCUUAAUCACUCGGUGGCUUUAAGUUAAGGCAAAACUCCACUUUUUUUUUUUUUUCUUGCUCAGAAGAUGGCAUCCCUCUCUUAACACAAUCAAACAGAAAAAAACACGGAUAGAGAAGAAGCUAGAGAAGCAUGAAGGGACAAGAUCCCUUGGUCUCGUCAUCUUCCCGGCGAGAAAGGUCUCCGGAACCGGAAAAGAUUCGUUCGAAGAGCAUCGGAUGUAUGUCUGGCAUUUUCCAAUUCGUUUACAGAUACCAUAAUCGCCGUAGAUUCAUCACUUUUGGGAAAAGGCAUGGAAAGGAUAUUGUGGUUACUUCUCCAAAACCAACGACACCAUCAUCGCAACCUUCUUCUUCUUCUUCUCCUUCUCCGUCAUCUUCUUCCACUUCACUGGAAGAAGAAAACAAAGUUCUCCAAAGACUCCCAUGCGAUAUGGCACCAAGAAGCCCAACACUGCCAACCGGAAUAUUAAGGCGGUCAAGAUCCCUAAACUCCCCUGAAAGUUUCCGGGCUCAACCAGCCCCGGUGGCUAGAGUACUAAUGGGGUUGAGUGAUAUUCCACCAAUGACAACCGCCGAAUUGGCGUUGGCAGAGAAGAGGAGGAGGCUCCUGGGGGCAUUGGAGAAAUGCGAUGAGGACUUGAAAGCAUUAAAGAAAAUAAUUGAUGUGGUAAAGAGCAGUAGUGUAGCUAGUACUGGUGAUGACGACGAUGAUGAGGGAAGAUCAGAGAGAGGUAAUGACCUUCCAUUGUUGCCGCAACCUAGUCCAGUGUCUGUGCUUGACGAGUUCACUCGUUCGGCUCUCAGUGGAUUCUCCAAACGUUACAACAUUAAUGAACGAGUGCCACAACAACAGGCGAAGAAGGAAGGAGGAGGAGAGGACAUCAGCAGCACUGAUUUCCUUGACAAAAUCAUGACCAAAGAAAAUAUGAUCCAUGGGAACAGCCAUGAGAGUGUAGUUUCAUCACCUUUAUGGAGCAGCAAAGCCAUGAUAGAAAGUGUGAAUGAGGUGUGCAGGGAUACUGCCUCGGGUGAGAGAAGGGAGAUUGGAAGAACAGGGCUGGCUUUGCAAGAUUAUAUAUUCAGGGACUUGAUUGAAGAGAUUGUAAAAGAAAUGGGAUUUGAUUACAUUUACCAACUAGGACCUCUACCAUUUGAAUCAUGUAAGAAAAGGCUGAGUUUCUAGUGUACUUGAAUAUUUCUUGCAUAGACCCAAAAUCCACCUUCAAUUUUAAUUUUUUUUCUUUUUGUU